GGGCCGGGCCGCGCGCAGCUGAGUCGCUGGGACGUGCCUGCGUCAGGGCCACGUGACGCAGUGGCGGGCUCCUCUGAAUUUGGGGGCGGAGAGAAGGAGCGGCGGACGGCGAGGGGGACUCGGAAUAUUUAGGCCGUUUAGGCCGGUGGGCGCCUCCCGGGUGGGUUCGUAGCCGGCUCCCUUCGCUCUCCUCGGCCGCGAAGCUGCGAAGGGAAACUAAAUAAUUUUCAUCAUGGCUAUGCAAAUGCAGGAUGAUACAAGUAUAGAUAUAUCUACAGAGGAAGAAAGCUUUGGUCCUCAACCCAUUUCCCGGCUGGAGCAAUGUGGUAUAAAUGCAAAUGAUGUCAAGAAGUUAGAAGAGGCUGGAUUUCACACAGUUGAAGCUGUUGCCUAUGCACCCAAGAAGGAAUUGCUCAUUAUUAAAGGCAUCAGUGAAGCUAAAGCAGACAAAAUCCUGGCAGAAGCAGCAAAACUUGUUCCAAUGGGCUUCACCACAGCAACGGAGUUUCAUCAGCGGAGGUCGGAGAUCAUUCAGAUCACCACUGGAUCCAAAGAACUUGACAAGCUUCUUCAAGGAGGAAUAGAAACUGGGUCUAUAACAGAGAUGUUUGGAGAAUUCCGCACGGGAAAGACUCAGCUAUGUCACACACUCGCAGUAACCUGUCAACUCCCUAUUGAUCGAGGUGGCGGUGAAGGGAAAGCCAUGUACAUUGACACAGAGGGCACCUUCCGUCCAGAACGUCUCCUUGCUGUUGCUGAGAGAUAUGGCUUAUCUGGUAGCGAUGUGCUUGAUAAUGUAGCGUACGCUCGGGGAUUUAACACAGACCAUCAGACCCAGCUCCUUUACCAAGCAUCUGCCAUGAUGACUGAAUCAAGGUAUGCUUUGCUGAUAGUGGACAGUGCCACAGCACUUUACAGGACGGAUUACUCUGGCCGUGGUGAACUAUCAGCCAGACAGAUGCAUUUGGCCAGAUUUCUGCGUAUGUUGCUUCGACUUGCAGAUGAGUUUGGUAUAGCAGUAGUGAUCACAAACCAGGUGGUAGCGCAAGUAGAUGGAGCUGCAAUGUUUGCUGCUGAUCCCAAGAAACCUAUUGGAGGAAAUAUCAUUGCACAUGCGUCCACAACCAGGCUGUACUUGAGAAAAGGUCGAGGAGAAACUAGGAUAUGCAAAAUCUAUGAUUCACCUUGCCUCCCAGAAGCAGAAGCUAUGUUUGCAAUCAAUGCUGAUGGAAUAGGAGACGCCAAAGACUGAAGAACAUUUACAUCUUGGGACAAACCCUAAGAGACUGUCCUUUCAAUAUCAUUCUCUUUCUGGUGACUCUUCCAUUGUAGACUGCCAGAGGAAGCUGUUAUAAAUGUGGUACACUCAGAGAAAUUACUCUGUUGCUGCUUGUGUUGCUGCAUCUUGUUCAAAACUGGAACACAACUGCUUUACACAGAUCACUUGACAUCUGUUACUGUGUUAGAGCCAUUGUUUAACUGAGUCUGAUGACAACUCUGAGAAACCACUUAGACUUUGUAAAGGCUAAGCUUAGGCAAAGCUUAUAUAUUCAUGAAAUAUGAUGCAUUAAACCUUGAUUCCACGAUUGCUGACGGAAAGAAGAUGAAUCAAAAUCUGCUAAAAAUAGAGUUGCAACACUGUUGGAUUACCCCAACCCUGAGGCAGCUUCUAGUUCAGAUUUUUCUGUUGUUGUAGUUAGCUGAAAAUUCAUUUGAACUAAUGGCUAUACAUCUCUAGAACAAAGAAUAGAAGCUGAAGUUGCAUUUGCUAUAUCUUUUUAUACAACUGUAAAUUGAGAGGUUCUUUGGAUCAGCCUGUAAAAGCUUCAUCUAUUUCACAGCAGCAAUUUUUCAUGUGUUGUACAACUGUAUUUUCUGCCUGUAAAUACUUUCCAUAUGAUUUGAUUUAAUUAAAGUUAAUUAUAUACUGAC